AUAUCCAAAUAUUAGAGGCCAGAGGAUCAUCAAUCCAAUUGAUAUUCUCUCAUCAAUGGAGCAACCUCAACUCCCAAGCGAACUUUCUUCCGUACAAAAGAACCUCCUCCAAAGUGAUGCCCUUCAUGAGUACAUACUGAAGACAAGUGUGUACCCAAGAGAGCACAAACUACUCAAGGGAUUGAGAGAGGAGAACAAGAAACACCCAUGGUCUUUCAUGAGCGUACCCCCUGAAGAGGGGCUUCUCAUUUCUAUGCUACUGAAGCUUAUGAAUGCAAAGAAAACAAUAGAGAUUGGGGUUUACACUGGGUAUUCCCUCCUCACUACUGCUUUGGCUUUGCCAGAGGAUGGAAAGAUAACUGCUAUUGAUCCUGAUAGAAAAGCCUACGAGAUGGGAUUACCUUUUAUUCAAAAAGCAGGGGUGGAACAUAAGAUCGAAUACAUUGAAUCAGAAGCUUUUCAUGUUCUUGAUAAAAUGCUUCACGAGAUGAAAGAAGAAGAACUCUACGACUUUGCAUUUGUCGACGCCGACAAGCACAAUUACAGCGAGUACCACGAGCGACUGCUGAAGCUUGUCAAGGUCGGAGGAGUGAUAGCGUACGACAACACUCUCUGGUUGGGGACCGUAGCAGCGUCAGAGGAGGAGAGCGAGUCCCUCCAUCCGGCGUUAAAGCUGUACAGGGUUCCGUUGGUCGAGCUGAACAAAUCCUUGGCUGCCGAUCCUCGCAUCGAGAUUUCGCAGGUCCCAGUCGGUGACGGCCUCACCAUCUGCAGGCGCCUGUACUGAUCUCUGUUACUGUUGUUGUUUGUGCAAUCAGAGCUACAUGUGGCUUGAAGUUUGGAUUCGUGCUUGUUAAUUCUCUCAAAACAUCUACAGUUUUAUCUAUGUAUUGAAUUAAACAUUUUAUCCUCUCCACUUACCGACUAUUGGAAAAGGAUUUGAAUC